CCACCACCACUCGAUCUCGGCACCAGCACCUCUGCCGUUGCCGCAUCCCUCGCAUCUGCGCCUGGCCGUGCCGCGCUUGCUCUCACGACCUCGCUGCCUCUCACGAUCCGCCAUGUCCCACUGAUGCGCGCUCCCGCCUGAGCGCCUUUCCCAACUCCUCCACCCGCCACCAAUCUGCGCGCUUUCCAUCAUGGCCAGCACGCUGCCGCCGCCCGCCAACUCCUCGCCCGAGAUGCCCGAGGAGUGGGCAGAGAGCGACUUUGACUUCUCCGAAGUCUCGCCCGCCGUGGCGCUGCGCCCGCCCUCGUCGCUCUCCGUCGCGCACUCGGCGCACUCGCACCCCGGCACGGCGAGCAGCGUCGCUGGCUCCGAGGCCGGCGACUCGACGCCAGCCGCGUCGGCAGGUCCAGCGCCUGCGCGCAGCUUCGCCGAUGCGGAUGAUGCUGCAGACGGCUUCAGCGAUGAGGACGAGGACCAGGUGGACACAAUCAAGUUCUCGGCGCUGACGGGCGACACGCUCGCGCAGCUCGCUGCUGCCAGCUCCGCCAGCAAGGCGAGCCGCAUCGCCGCAGCAGAGGGUGAUGCCUUCAGCGGCACCGUCACACACCUGCAGCCGGCGCGCGCGCCCAUUGCUGAUGUGGAGCUGGACUGGGACGAAGAUCUGGAGAUGCCCGAGGUGCUGCCGUCCGCAGUGGUCCUCCGGCGUCCGACCAGCUACACCAGUGCCGACACCGACUUCGACUCUGGCAUGGGCGAGACGAGCGACGGCACCACCGCCGAUCUGCACGCCGGCUCGCACGGCUCUAGUCCGCGGCGCCGGGCGACUGGCUCGUCCUGCUCCUCCGCCGCAUCGUCGCUGCUCUCUCCGCAGAGCCUGAAUCGUCUGAGCGACAAGGCGCAGGGCGUCACUUUUCCCACAGCAGAGACGGAGACCGACGACUUCGAGGGCGCCUUCGAGCUCGGCCCGGAGAUGGACCGCCUGCAGCUCAGCCCUACUAUCACGCGGCAGCGCUCGCAGCCUGCUCUGGAGCAGCAGAAGCAGCUGUGGGGCGAAGCGCCGGGCAAGCGCAGCAGCUCGCCGGACGUCGAUGCCUCUCGUCCAUCGCGCGAUCGCUCCGCGGGAGGCAGCAGUGUUGGCCUGCACUGCAUGGAGAGCAGCGAUGCAGACGAUGAGGAGGAUCUGCUGGACGGCCUCGAGGUGCCUGACGACCUCUUUGGUCAGGCCACUCCCGUCGACGGAAGUGCUCUAGCGCCUCAGUCGCCACGCGACAAGCUGCAGGCGAUGCUCAACGCGCGUCGAGGCGGCUUCGCUCUUGGCCAGUCCGACGAUGCCGUGCCGUUGAGCCCGACGGAGAGCGAUGCCGACUUUGCGACGGGCCUCGUCAUUUCAGACGAUCUCGAUCUCUCGCCAAGCCGCCUGCACGCCAAGUCGCUCUCCUACAAGCUGCGCGGCCCGCCGCCGUCCAGCCGCCGCAGCCGCAACAGCGCCUACACGGCGCAGUCUGGCGGCGGACGGUCGACGCAGCCCUCGCGCCGCAGCACGCUGUCAGACACCAGGUCAACACCAUCGCAGCCGCCUCCGCCGUCGGUCACUGUCACGAUAUCGUCUCCUCAGCUCGCGCGCAUUGCUCCCAGCGGCAUCAAGUCGUCUCCGCCGCGCGCGCCGUCUGCGUACAGUCACAUGCCUGGCAGCGGCCCAAGACCUGGCACACUCUCGGCCGUGCGCCCGCUGCGCUACAAGAAGAGCGUCGGCGACCUCGCUACUCCGUCGAGCACGCCGGCAGCCGCAACGAGCAACGCAGCUGGCACAUCGUCUCGACCGAUCAGCCUCUCGCGCAAGCGCAGCCUGCCGCAUCUCAGUGUCGACGCGAUGCCCCCGCCUGCCGCUCCGGCGCAGCAGCCCGGCCGCGCCGUGGCAGAGCCAACGGGCUCCCGGCUGCUAGCCUCUACGGCCGCCUCUCGCGCUCGCGCUGCCGAGGUCCGCGCCGCUCGAGAGCGCAGCGUCACAGCAGACGGUCACCCACCGGCACGUCCGAAUACGCCUUCGUCCUUCAUGCCUACGCGUGUCGGUGCCAAUCGGUUCGCGAUGCACACAGCCUCCUCGCUAGCAAGAGCCAGCGAGACAGAUGCCGCGACUCGUCGGCCUGCCUCGCCGCUGGCGCAGGCGAUUUCCGCUGGAGCAGCGGCCGGCCGUGAAGCAGCCGUGCGCAUGCUGCGCCGGCCCAAGCGUGGUCGCAUGUACGGCGAUGGCCACGAGCUCGAGUCUUUCGACGACCUGCCGACGAGCACUGAACGCGAGAGUCGCACGCUGCGCGAGGGCGGCAAGGACGACACUCUGCGUGCACGCGGCAGUGCGGUGCUUGCUGCCAUCACGAGCCGCUGGUCGGAAGCGUCGGCAUCAGUCGGCGGCUCUCGCAGCCGGCGCACCCUCGACCCGAUGGCAUCCAAGAAGGUCCGUCAGCCCGCCGGCAAGCGCGGCCGUGCCAGUGGCAACCCGACGCUCAUCUGCCAUCUCGGCUCCGUCGAUGCUGCGCCUCGCGUCGUCGGCGACAUGCGCUGGAACAUGUCCAAGCAGAAGUGGGAGGGCAACGAGGCGGCGCUGCGCGACUUUGACAACGCUCUGAGCUCCAACACGCGGCCGGCGCUCAUCACGCAGCUCACCGGCUCGAGCACGUCGAGCUUCUUUGGCGCUCCCACCUCGCCGCCGGCGGGCGUGGCGUCGAGCGGCGCGCGCAUCGUCGGCGACAUGCGCUUCGACCCACUCGCUCUGCGCUGGGUCAGCGCGCACGGCGUCGAGGAGCCGGAUCCCUUUGCCGACCUGGCGGAGCUCGACGAGGGCUCGUCGCAGAACGAGAGCGCCGACGUGCUCGAGGCUGCGCCAACGUUUCCUUCUGCUGCCGGUGCGGCGGCGGCCAGACGUGCACGCUCGACGGACCUGCUGCGCGAUGUGGCUGGCGGCGACGGCAAGGCACAUCCGCGUCGCUCGGCCAGCAGCGCCGUGUCGUCGGCCGUCAUCGAGGCGGCAAUCGAGCGGCGCAACGCUGAGCCGCCGGCCGAGCUCGCUGGCUUCGUCGACGCGGCGCUGUGGGCCUCGUGCCUCGAGGCCAGCCGCCGGCACGAGGACGAGGUCAGAGCCUUUCUGCCGACGCGCAACGGCGCCGAGACGGCGCGAGCCGCCGGCAAGGAGCACCUGUACCUGCUCCAGCGCCUCGCUCGGCAGGCCGCAUCGCGCUGAGCACCCCUCUGCGAGCGACAGUCGCUCGUCAAAAGCUCGUCUUCCCCGCGCACCUCCUAAGUAUAGUAGCUUGUUCCCUUCCUGUCCCUUCACUCUCUCCUGUACCAUCCCAUCUGCGACGACUCGCUCACGAACCCGCGUCACCUGUACCACCUCCACCCUCACGAUCGACCCCCUCACGAUGUGCGCGCACGAAUUCACGAUGUCCCUGUU